AGUUUAAUUUUGAACUUCGUACCGAUCGGUAGCAUUUUCGUUAAGACACCGAUGGCGCACGUGUGGUGAAUUCCAUCGGCUGGAAGAAAGAGGAAAGGACGCAAUAACCAAACAAUCUAUUUGACCGAGUUAAUCGGUCGAUCAGUAAGUUUUCUCGUGAUCGUGAGAGAAUGACCUAUAUGUUUUGUUUUGGCGAUGAUUAGGUUUUUUUUACCGUCUCGCGUUUCGCGAUUUUGGGUUGCAUUCCAAGAAAUGACAGUUUAGUGUUACAUUAACCGCGCAAAACACAUGUCGUGUUAUCACUGUGCUAAAUUGAACUACGGAUCUUGGUGAAUUUUGGUGGUGUUGAAGUAGAUUGAGGUCUCCGCAGAUUUCGUCAGUCCCUCGGCUAAUCUGUGUGGUUGGAAGCCUUCCAAUCUCUCGCCAGCAUCAGUUGCAAGCAGAACGCAGGUCUGGCUCGUGUUCUGGCGCGGCCUACUAUUGGCUCGGUUACGGAGCUGCAGGAAUAGUCGUAUGGUGACUGGCACGCCAAGCACAAUUGAAAGAAAUGAGUAGAGGAAAUGACGAAUCCGGUGGUGGUGGUUGUGAUGGAACACAGAAAGGGAUCACGAACCGAGGGUUCUACCAGGACCUGGAAGAUAAUGGGAUUAAGCAGAGCAAACCGUUUUCGGGACUGCCUCAGUUUACCGUGGCUAGACCACACUACCAACAGGAUGUGCUAAACAGUGAAAUGAAUUAUAGCGUACCUCAAAGCAGAGUGUGUCAGGAUAUCUUAAAAAGUGUGCGGGGUGUCAAUGCUAAAAGUUGUGCAAAAAGUAUCUUCCCGAUCUUCAGCUGGUUAGCGGAGUAUUCCUGUAAACGGGAUUUUGUGGCGGAUCUGAUAAGUGGUUGUACGGUGGCAGUGAUGCAUAUUCCUCAGGGUAUGGGUUACGCGUUGUUGGCCAAUGUGCCACCGAUUAUGGGUAUCUAUAUGGCCUUUUUUCCGGUACUGGUAUACUUCAUUCUGGGCACAUCCAGGCAUAAUUCGAUGGGAACAUUUGCGGUGGUAUCGAUUAUGGUGGGCAAGUCAGUGCUUGCCCAUUCCAGUGCGGGAGCUGACACGAUAGGGGAAGUGGUUGGAAAUGCAACCCAAGCGGCCGAUGGGACUGAUGGAAGCCAUAUAACACGAAGUCCGAUGGUAGUAGCCGCAACAGUUUGUUUUGCAGUUGGAAUCAUACAGCUGAUAAUGUACGUUUGCCGACUGGGUGUCAUUUCGUUCCUGCUGUCGGACACCCUGGUGUCGGGCUUUACAACAGGUGCUGCCAUCCACGUGCUAUCUUCCCAGAUUAAAGACCUCCUCGGGCUCUCUUUGCCGCCCAUCAGUGGAAACUUCAAGAUUAUCAAUACGUACAUCGCCAUCUUCUCGGAUAUCACCAGUGCGAACUUUGCGGCCAUUCUGAUAUCAACCGUUACCAUAGUGCUACUGGUGAUAAACAAUGAAUAUCUAAAGCCAAAGGUUGCCAAGCGCAGUAAGAUUCCGAUUCCGAUCGAGCUCAUGGCAGUGAUCAGCGGAACUUUGCUGUCAAGAUACUUAGCAUUGAACCAUCAGUAUGCGAUCAAGACUAUUGGACACAUUCCGACGGGAUUUCCGGAGCCUGCCCUGCCGGAUUUCGACUUGCUUCGAUCGUUGCUGCUGGACAGUUUCACAAUCGCGAUGGUGGCAUACGCCGUGUCCGUUUCGAUGGGACUGAUCUUUGCGCAGAAACAAAACUACGAGAUUGACUUCAACCAGGAGCUGUUGGCUAUGGGAGCGAGCAAUGUGUUCGGUUCAUUCUUCUCCUGUAUGCCCUUUUCCGCCUCGCUUUCCCGGUCGAUGAUCCAGUUCACGGUGGGUGGCAAAACACAGGUAGCAUCGGUUGUUUCUUGUGGCAUUUUGGCGGUGGUUCUGCUCUGGAUAGGACCGUUUUUUGAACCGCUGCCGAGGUGUGUUCUGGCCGGAAUUAUUGUAGUAUCCCUGAAAGGAUUACUGAUGCAGGUGACACAGUUUGUUGCCUUUUGGCGGCUGAGCUGUGUGGAUGCGGCUGUGUGGAUGGUCACCUUCCUGACCGUCGUGUUGGUCGCAAUCGAUUUGGGUCUACUGGUUGGCAUUUUAUUGAGUGUCUGCUGCAUUUUCUUCCGAGGUAUGAAACCGUAUACUUGUCUGCUGCAAAAUGUGCCACAAACUGAUCUCUAUCUGGAUGUGAAUCGGUACAAAGGAACAGUUGAAAUCGCCGGAAUCAAGAUUUUUCAUUACUGUGGUAGUCUAAAUUUCGCAACCAGAGCAAGCUUUAAAACGAAUCUGUGCCAGGCUUUGAAUCUGAACCUCACAAAAGAGAUUAAAACAAUAAACAACAGUGACUACAAAAGGGAGCGAAGCUUACGAUACCUGAUACUGGAUUUCAUCGCUCUCAGCGACAUUGACCCGUCGGCAAUAUCUUCGCUAAAGUCUCUGAUAAAUGAGUUCGAAAAAUUGUCCAUUAAGGUCCUAGUGGCCGGUGCAUCCUGCCCCGUGUAUGAAAUGAUGCUCAAGUGUAAACUGGUCUCGAUGGAUGAGCGCGAGUACUGCAAGGUUUUCCCGACAAUUCACGAUGCGGUUCUAUGGGCCAUGGACAUUCUAGCAGCCGAUUCCGGUAGAAUCAGCAUCGUGGAGACGGAUUAGGUAAUCGCGAAUAAAAAUAUAUUUACGUUAAUUGUAUUAAGAGGCUUUGCUUAUAUUUAUUAAACUAGUGAAAUAUACAAACUUGAAACUUUA